CUGCAGAAGGCCUGAUAGAGCCAGCUAGACAGAAGGAAGGGAGGGAUACACAGACACACUGUGGAUCUAGAGCUUGUGUUGUUCCUUUCAUCACCCAAGAUCAACCGGCGACACCCAGAGAGGAAGGAGACAAAGGGACGAGGAAGACCAAAAGGGAGCUUCAGUGUGAGAGGGGAAAGUGGCAAGGUGACAAGGGGAGAAGAAAGGAAGGAAAGGGAGAGAGGAGGCUGGGGCAUGAGGAGGGGCGCCUGACUGACAUUGCUACUCCCGCUAUCAGCUCACACACGCGCAGACACACACACACACACACACACACAAAUGUAGACAGACUGCACAAUCUUUAAGCCAGUCGCUGCUCUUUUUACCCUUCCACGGAGCCUUGUCCUCCAUCCUCUCUUCUCCUCUGCUCAGAGGAGAAGAAAGGAGGUAAAAGAGGAGGAGGAGGAGGCAGAGGGGAGGCAGUUACCCUCUCCUCUCCUAUACCCAGACACACAGCAAAGAGACAGAUAGGGUGAGAAGAGAGAAAGCAGCUUUCUGUUCUAUUCCGCUGUCUCCUGUGGUCCCUGGGCCAGCGAGCGGCUAACAGGCACCGCUCAUGUCCGUGAACUCGGAGAAAUCCUCGUCCCCCGAAAGGCCUGAGACCCAGCAGAAAGCCCCGGCGAGUGCCCCUCCUCCCCCGCCGCCCCCUCCGCCUCCCCCCGAGCCGGCGGGGCCCCCGGAGCCGGAGGAGGAGAUCCUGGGCUCCGACGAUGAGGAGCAGGAGGACCCCACGGACUACUGCAAAGGAGGGUACCAUCCGGUGAAGAUCGGGGAUUUGUUCAACGGGAGGUACCAUGUGAUCAGGAAGUUGGGGUGGGGCCACUUCUCCACCGUAUGGCUGUGCUGGGACAUACAAGCGAAGAACUUUGUGGCGAUGAAGGUGGUGAAGAGCGCGCAGCACUACACAGAGACGGCCCUGGAUGAGAUAAAACUGCUGCGAUGUGUGAGGGAGAGCGACCCCGCCGACCCCAACAAGGACAUGGUGGUUCAGCUGAUCGAUGAUUUCAAGAUCUCCGGAGUCAACGGCAUACAUGUGUGUAUGGUGUUUGAAGUGCUCGGUCACCACCUGCUGAAGUGGAUUAUCAAAUCCAACUACCAAGGUCUGCCUCUGGCAUGUGUCAAGAGUAUUAUCAAACAGGUCCUGCAGGGUCUGGACUACCUCCACACUAAAUGUAAGAUCAUCCACACGGACAUCAAGCCAGAGAACAUCCUGAUGUGUGUCGACGACGCCUUUGUUAGGCGUAUGGCCAUGGAGGCGACCGAAUGGCAGAAAGCUGGAGCCCCCCCGCCGUCCGGAUCAGCAGUUAGCACAGCCCCCCAGCUCAAACCGGUGAGUUUGACAGAUGUGGGCAAGAUCUCCAAGAACAAGAAGAAGAAGCUGAAGAAGAAACAGAAGCGGCAGGCAGAGCUGCUGGAGAGGCGGAUGCUGGAGAUCGAAGCCCUGGAGAGGGAGGCGGAGAAGGAGGAGGAGAGAGCCAAAGACGGGGGAGAGAAAGGGGAAAAUGUCAGCGACCAGUCCUCACCCCUGCAACCGCCGCCGCCGCCAUCGCAUCUGGGCCCCAAGAUGGCUGUGGGAGAGAGCGACGAGGAGGAGGAGGACGACGACGAUGACGAGGAUGGGGAGGAGGACGAGGAGGAGGGAGGAGAGAGAGAGAGGGGGGGGGAGAGGGAGAGGGAGAGGCCCGUCAGGUUGACUAAUCAUACAGGCGCGGCGCCUCCCCAGGAGCAGAACAAGGCGCCAAAUAUCUCAGAUGACGACCCCGAUGAGGAGGAGGAGGAAGAGGACGAGGAGGAGGAAGAAGAAGAAGAGGAAGAGGAGGAGGAGGAGGAGGAGAUGCCCACGCCUACCACUGAAAAAGAUUGCCCCAGUCCUCCCACCACAGAGGAAGGACAUGUAGAUCCACCACAAGCAAAGGUAGAGGACAAAGAAGGGGAGGAGGAGGAGGAGGAGGAGGAGGAGAAAGAGGAGGAGGAGGAAUUAAAAGGUGUAGAAGAUGAGAAUGAAGAAGAGGCAGGGGAGAAGGUAGAGGAGGAAGAGAAGGUGGAGGAUGAGGAGGGGGAGGAGGAGGAGGAGGAGGAGGAUGAGGGGGAAGGGGAGGAGGAAGGGGAGGACAAGAAGGAGACCAACACUGAAAAAGAGGACAAUAAGAAAGAGGAGCCAAAGAGUGAGAGCAAAAAAGAGGAGGCACAGGAGGCAGCAGAGGAAAAGGAGUCAAAGGAGCAGGAAGGGGAGGACGAGGAUGAUGAGGAUGAUGAAGACGAUGAUGACGACGACACCACCACGGAACUCCUCACGGACACCACCUCCCUGGUCAAACCCCAGAACAACAGAAGCAAUUCGGCCAAAACCCAACGGGCACAUUUUUACGUGUUCCGAAGGACUGAAAGCGAACCCCGGCAACCCUGCGCCUCCCUCGCCCAACCCCGAGACUCUCCUCUGCCCCCUGGUGGAGUCCGAGCUCAGCUACACGGACCGGGACCACUCUCUCAGCUCCGGCUAUGAGAUGUACAACGGCGACCUGGGCGAGCCGGGGCUGACCAACGGCGGAAGCGAGCGCCACAGGGCCGUCCUUCCUCUCUUUCCCGAAUUGCCCCUGGAUCCUUUGCCGGGAAACCCCGUUCCUGUCGGAGCA